AUGGCCUCCUCUCUGUCAAGUCCUGAUCUCAUCAGUGACGAUGCAACUGUGACGACGGCAGCCAGCAGUGCUACCGGUUGUAGUAGUGACGGCAACAAUUAUCAGAAGAGGCGGGCAGCCAGUGUCCAUCAUAUUGCCACCGAGUUUCUGGAUCAGGUUAUCUCGACGCCUGGGCUGAGCCAUACAUCUACCAUCUACGAGAUUGAGAAUCUGCAGGGUCCUCCUGGUUUGAUACGACAACGAGGACUGGAUGUGGUUUGCCCCGUCGAUGGACAAAAAGGAGCUGCCUAUGUGGAUUGUCUAGAGGGAGAGGAUCAUGUAGGGGAGGCUACACAUAUGCUGAGUUAUGCCUGGUCUUACAGCAUUGGCGACAUUGUGGAUACGCUAGUACACUACUGUACUUCCACCGGGAAAGACCCAAGGAGAGCCUAUGUCUGGAUGUGCUGUCUUUGUGUGAAUCAACAUCGCGUAGUUCUGCAGAAAAAGGAAGAUCGGUCUGGAGCCAGAGUGUUGGGGGGAUCAGGCAGAAUUGAUUUCUUUGCAGAAUUUGGAAUUCAGGUGGAAUCCAUUGGACAUUUGCUUGCCAUGAUGUCGCCAUGGAAUGAUCCUUUGUUUCUACAACGCAUCUGGUGUGUGUUUGAGUUCUUCUAUGCCCACUACAUGAACUGCGAGGUCACCAUUGUCAUGCCUCCCAGCCAGAAACAAGUUCUCGAAGAAGACCUCCUUGGGCAGGAAGGCAAGGGUGUGGAGGGAUUUUAUAACGUGCUCAGUAAGGCACGUAUCCAAAACGCAAAAGCAACUGUCUCCUCGGAUCGAAUUACCAUACUCAGCGUUGUGCGGAGGUAUACUGGCAAUGCAGUCCUCAACCAAGCUGUCAAUGAUCGCCUUCGGAAUUGGAUCAGGCGGACAAUUGACGAGAUUGUUACCGAAAAGGAACGAUUGCUCCAAGAAUGUAGCAACCGAGUCGAUAUUGUCCAAUUGUUCAACAAAGUUUCCGAAAUAUUUGGAAAGAACGGAGAACUUGAUGCAGCCGUGGCAAUGGCGCAACGAAGCCUUGCGAUUCUACAGGAUCUUGACGACAAUCACGACUACAUGCUUCGGGCAGAAUCGCACAACUGCCUAGGCCUGGCAUUCCAUGAAAAGGCAGACUAUACAUCAGCCCUAUCGGAGUUCCAAAACGCCCUCGAUCUCCAGGGACCAUCGGACGGAAUUGAGAUUGCGACAACCUACUUCAACAUUGGCCAAACUUUGUAUGCCAAGGGUCUCUUUGACGAUGCUUUGGACGAGCUUGAGAAAUCUCUUGAGAUAAGAGAAACUGUCUUGGGGGGUCAGCACAACGACACUGCCACUUCCUACCUGUCCAUUGGGACUGUACUACUCGACAAGGGCCACCAUGAUGACGCGCUGUCUCAUUUCCAGAGAGCUCUGCAAAUACGAGAGGCGGCCUUUGGAGCAAAUCACUGCUUCUUGGCAGAAUGCUACUGCAAAAUCGGAUCUGUGUACUUGGAGGAAUUUGACUAUGACGAGGCAUUGGCAGAAUAUCAGAAGGCCUUGUCCAUUUACCAAUCCGCCUUGGGAUUUGACAGUGUUGAAACAGGGCGAACGUAUGGUACGGUGGGGUCGGUUCUCUACGCCAAGGGAGACCUCCAAGGGGCGGCAAGAGAACACGAAACGUCGCUCGAAAUUCUUCAAACUAUAUUGGGGGAAGAGCACCCCAUGAUUGCGGACUGCUACGGAAGAAUUGGGGAAGUUCUACAUGACAUGAAAGACUAUGAUGGUGCUCUCAAUCACUACCAAAAGUCUCUGGCAAUACAAGAGCCCUUCCUGGGGAAGGAGCAUAUUACCACUGCAUCAACGUACACUAAGAUUGGCUUGAUCUAUUCUGCCCAAGGCCAGCACGACUUGGCCUUGCAGGAAUACCGCAAAUCACUAGCCAUCCGCGAGGUAGCCGUCGGAAAGGAGCACCCGGACAACGGUACGCUUUUAAACCGCAUUGGCAACGAACUGAAGGAGGUUGAUGACUUGGAGGGUGCAAUAGUCGAAUGGCACAAAGCCUUGUCCAUUCUAGAUGCAAACCAUCCGUUCUUUGACAUGAUCCAGGAGAAAGUCAAGGAUGCCAAACAACAAUUGCUUGCUUCGUAG